AAAUGAGACCUUUACCAACCACCAAAGUGGAAAAAUGUCUUGAUAAAAUAAAAAAAAUUAUGAUCGUGAGAUAGUGAAAAUGCUUUUCCACCAUGACACAAAAUAGCAUGUAAGACACCAUUGUUGGCGAUAAUAAUAUAAUGCAAUGAAGAGCAUCGAAGGGACUCAAUCAGAGAAAUGGAAAGUUGAAGAAUCUUCUCCUCGCGAACCAGCUUCCUUCUCAAACCUACCGCUUGCGCCGACCCCGCUACUGCGCCCCCCUACCGCCAGCGCCCUUGCUUGCUGCACCGAGCCUGCACGCCUACGCCCCUGCUUCCUACACUUUGCGCCUGCGCCCCUGCGCCCCCUGUGCUUGCUGCACCCUACUGAUGCGCCCCUUACCGCCGGCGCCCUUGCUUGCUGCACCGAGCCUGCACACCUGCGCCCCUGCUUCCUACACUUUGCUCCUGCGCCCUUGCAUUGCUGCGCCCCGUGUGCUUGCUGCACCCUGCUGCCGCACCUCCUGCUUGCUGUACUCUGCUGCUGCGGUCCUGCUUCUGCACUGCUGCGCCCUACCCCUGCAACCCGUUCUGUACCUACUCUGUCACUCCAGGAGCCCUGUACAAAAGACAAAUAAAAAAAAAAAAAAAGAAGGGCUCGGUCCUUUGCUUUCCAACCUGCAAAAAUCAGCAGCUGUCUCAAGUACUUGGAGAAUCAACGAUAAAAAAAAGGGGGGUCCAGAUCGGAAGGCUAGGAAGAGGGGAAUUUUUGCCUUUGCUUUUGUGGGUAUAAAUAGAGGGUUUUAGAUUUGAAACAGGUUUUUUUUUUUCCUUUUGCCUGGGUUUGGUGUUGACGGCAGAGGAAGAAAAGAGGAGUAUUUUGGUGUUAGUGUGAUCAUCAGUUAGAGAAGGAAUUUCCCCUUUCCUAGGUAAUUUUCUGGAACCAAGAGACUUCGAGAGGGCUGGUGAAGGUGAUGAGCAGAGCCUGAUCCCCUGGGUGGGGUUCCUUUGUUCAGAUCUGGAUCCAUUUUUCUCUUGAAAUCUCCACUUUAGAUUUGUUAUUCCUCUAUGAUGUAUUCUUCUGGUGAUUGAUGUUGAAAAUCUAUGUAUAAUCAUUGAGAAAUGGACAAUGGAUUUGCUAUUAUGCUAUGAAUAUUUGUGGAAUCUGGAUUUGAAUGUAUAUUC